AUGGAUUCUCUUGAUGUCAACACCAUGGGUUCCGCCAUUGUCUCUGUGAAAUCUCCUCCAUCUUCACCCCAAACAACCCUUUCCAUCUCAAUUCCAACACCUCCUGCUUCUGGUCCUAAUUUGCCUGAGCAUCUGGCGUACAAGAAGCAAUUGCGAGCAUUUGCUCUAAGGUCAAAUAUGGUAGCUCCCAUGUAUCAAACCAUUAAGGAGGGGCCUCAACAUGCUUCAAACUUUAGGUCAACAGUGUGGGUUGGUGGGAUGAGUUUCAGUUCCUCUGCCACUUUCUCUAAACAAAAACGUGCCGAGAAUGAUGCUGCUGGAGUUGCUCUGAAGGAACUAAUUGAAAAAUUUAGAGAUGAAGAUCGCCCUGUUGUGUAUGAGAAUAUUUUCUUUUCCAAAUUGAUCUUGAAUGAAUAUGCUAGCAAGCUGAAAGUGGAACCACCUACAUUCAACACUAUUAAGCUUGAAGGGUCCCUUCCUCUUUUCAUAUCAACUUUGGUUUUCAAGGGUACAAAUUACACCGGCGAAGCUGCUAGAAAUAAAAGAGAGGCUGAGCAGUUAGCAGCACGUGCUGCUAUUGUUUCAAUUCUUGGUGAUUCCAGUUCAGGAUUGCUUCGUGACAUAGUAAAGUCAAAAUCUAGAAUUCUUGCUGAAGCCAAACCAAACAAAUCCCAACACAUAGAUGCUCAUCCAGUAUCAGCCAUGGAAAAUGCAGGACUUCCCUUUGUUUCACAGCAUCAUAAGGAUAAGGAGGUUUCAAGUCUUGUAGCUGCUAAUAAUAAUGAAACAAAUAUUGCACUUCAUGCACCUCCUCCUACAGUGCUUUCCUUGUUUCCAGAAUCUCAAAUGUCUGAACAUAUACCAUCCCUUGAAGCUACUGUCACUGAGCUUCCAAAUAUGAAUCUCCAUCCAGGUUUAGAACGCCCGGUUGCCCAUGUUUCUCACCCAGAAUCUCAGAUGCCUAACCAUAGACUAUCCGUUGAAGCCACCAUCACUGAGAUUCCAAAUUUGAAUUUCCAUCCUGGUUUAGAACAGUCUAUUGGCAAUGCUUCUGGUUCAAAAAAGAAGCGAAAGAACAAGAAGAAGGCUAAAAAGAGGCCACAAUUGGAAUCUGUGUAA